AUGGUUAGCAUACCUCAGAAUAUAAGUCGACUAUCGACUCGUUGCUUCUCAACAACAUCAAGAUCAUUAGCUGGUCAGAAUUUAACUGAAAAAAUUGUUCAAAAAUAUGCUGUUGGUUUACCGCAAGGUAAAAUUGUUAAAUCUGGUGAUUAUGUUUCAAUUAAACCUGCUCAUUGUAUGUCUCAUGAUAAUUCAUGGCCAGUUGCUUUAAAAUUCAAAGGUCUUGGUGCUAAAUCAAUCAAAGAUAAUAGACAAGUUGUUAUGACUUUAGAUCAUGAUGUUCAAAAUAAAACUGAAAAAAAUUUAACAAAAUAUUCAAAUAUUGAAAAUUUUGCUAAAGAUCAAGGUGUGGAUUUUUAUCCUGCUGGUAGAGGUAUUGGUCAUCAAAUCAUGAUUGAAGAAGGUUAUGCAUUUCCUUUAAAUAUGACCGUUGCUUCUGAUUCUCAUUCAAACACUUAUGGUGGUGUUGGUGCUUUAGGUACACCAAUCGUUAGAACAGAUGCUGCUUCGAUUUGGGCCACUGGUCAAACUUGGUGGCAGAUUCCUCCAGUUGCUAAAGUGGAAUUGAAAGGGAAAUUACCAAAAAAUGUCACUGGUAAAGAUGUUAUCGUGGCACUAUGUGGUGUUUUCAACAAUGAUGAAGUUUUGAAUCAUGCUAUUGAAUUCACUGGUGAAUAUUUAAAUGAACUUCCAAUCGAUUAUAGAUUAACCAUUGCCAAUAUGACCACUGAAUGGGGUGCUUUAUCUGGUUUGUUCCCUGUUGAUGAAACUUUAAUCAAUUGGUAUCAAGAUAGAUUGAAAGUUUUACCUCAACCACAUCCAAGAGUUAAUCAACAAACUGUCCAAGAUUUGAUUGAUCAUAAACAAGCUGCAGAUUCAGAUGCUUAUUAUGCUAAACAUUUAGUAUUGGAUUUAAGUACUUUAUCACCAUACAUUUCUGGUCCAAAUUCUGUUAAAGUUUCAAAUUCAUUAGCUGAUCUUUCAAACCAAAACAUCCCAAUUAAUAAGGCAUAUUUAGUUUCAUGUACAAAUUCUCGUCUAAGUGAUAUUAAAGCUGCUGCUGACGUGGUUAAAGGUCAUAAAAUCGCUAAAGGUGUUGAAUUUUACAUUGCUGCUGCUUCAUCAAAUGUUCAAAAAGAUGCUGAAGAUGUUGGUGCUUGGGAAACUUUAUUAGAAGCUGGUGCUAUCCCAUUACCUGCUGGUUGUGGUCCUUGUAUCGGUUUAGGUACUGGUUUGUUAAAAGAAGGUGAAGUUGGUAUCUCUGCAACAAAUCGUAAUUUCAAAGGUAGAAUGGGUUCAAAAGAUGCCUUGGCUUAUUUAGCAUCUCCUGAAGUUGUUGCUGCUAGUGCAGUUGGUGGUAGAAUUUGUGGUCCUGAAGAAUUGGAUGGUUCUCCAGUUAAUGGUGCUUCAGGUAUCAAGACCGAAAUUAUCAUUCCAGAAAAACCAACAAGUGAGGCUGAAGCAACCACUGGUGGUGUUGAAGUCUUGCCAGAAUUCCCAAAAUCAAUUGAAGGUGAAUUAAUCUUGUGUGAUGCUGAUAAUAUUAACACUGAUGGUAUUUACCCAGGUAAAUAUACUUACCAAGAUGAUGUUUCAAGAGAAAAAAUGGCUGAAGUUUGUAUGGAAAAUUAUGAUGCUGAAUUUGGUGCUAAAACACAUGCUGAUGAUAUCAUCAUUUCAGGUUUCAAUUUCGGUACAGGUUCUUCAAGAGAACAAGCUGCUACUGCAAUUUUAGCUAGAGAUAUGAAAUUAGUUGUUGCUGGUUCAUUUGGUAACAUUUUCUCAAGAAAUAGUAUUAAUAAUGCCUUGUUGACUUUAGAAAUCCCAGAUUUAAUCAACAUGUUGAGAGAAAAAUAUAAAGAUGCUCCACAAGAAUUAACUAGAAGAACUGGUUGGUUUUUAAAAUGGGAUGUUGAAACUGCCACUGUUACUGUUAGAGAUGGUAAAGAUGGUGAAAUUGUUUUACAACAAAAAGUUGGUGAAUUAGGUGCAAAUUUGCAAGAAAUUAUUGUUAAAGGUGGUCUUGAAGGUUGGGUUAAGUCACAAUUGUGA